AAAUUGUACAAUUUCCAAAUAAACUAAUGGCAUUAUAAAAUGAUGAGCCAUGUGUGGAAAGGAAGCCAAAACCAUCUUUGGCACUGUUUCGAAUGGGUCUUAAAUCUUGAUAUUAAUCAAACACAAGUAAUUGGCUUAUGCCAGUAAUAGCAACUUGCUAAUUUAAUAUUCCUUACUCAAAGAAUCAUAGCUGGCAAAUGCCUAUUACCAUUUUGGUUGCCCCUAUUCAGAUCUCUAUUCUCCUAGCCCAGGAUCUUCCCUCCCCCCGAAAAUCCAAUACUUUCUUGGGGUUCUACCACUAAUUGCUAACUCAUUUUUAAAUUCGGGUCAAGUUGACUAAACGUGAGCUGUGAAGGGCUAGCUAGUAGUAUAAAUACACAUGCAAAUCUGUGCAUGGACAUCCACUCAACCCACUCCACACCUAUAACACUAAUUUCUUAAUCUGUUUCAUAUUUCAAGAAAAUGAAGAACAAUGGUUUGGCUGCUCUCUUAGUCGUUUCUAUUAUCCUCACCUCAUCACUCUUUCAAUCCACCAUGGCAGCAGUUCAGCCCCCGGCUUCAAGCCCUAAUAACAGCGAAUUUUGUCAGAAGAAGUGCGAAGUGAGGUGCUCGAAAGCUGGGGCUCACAAGAGAUGCAUGCAAGAAUGCAAAAUAUGCUGCUCGAAGUGCAACUGCGUACCUUCUGGGACCUAUGGGAACAAGUCAGAGUGUCCUUGCUAUGCUAACCUACUCAACUCUAAAGGAACCUCCAAGUGCCCUUAAUAAUAAUAAUACUAAACUCAUCCAAAUUCCAACCCCACCAAACCCUAACCACCAUUUCCUCUCAACCCUGCAAAUAAAAUUCUCCAAGAAAUAUAUAUGUCAUUAGUCGAUUCUGCAUUUGUAAUAAAAUUUGACAUGGCCUUUCUGCCUUAUAAUAAUAUAUAUGAA